CAGACCGUAGUUCCCUCCAUUGUUUUUGUUUUGCUUUUUCUCUUUUCUGGAGAAAAAAACCCUGAGAGAGAGAGAGAGAGCUGACGAAGCGGAGAAAUGAGCUAAAUCCCCUCUUCUCUGUACUCCACACUGCUCUCCUCGUUUCAGCGAAACCCUAGAAACCGCCCUUCCCGAUUCCUCUUCCCAAGGUUAUCCCAAGAAAGAUGCCUAUAACACCAGAAGAACCGAGCCGUCGAGAUUAUGCCAUCACAACUAGGCUUGGGGUUGGAAGCACUGGCAGGAGACUACAGCUCUGCACCAAUCACUUCAAUGUUUCUUUGGGACUGCCCGAUGUUGUUUUCUACCAGUACACUGUUAGUAUCACCACAGGAGAUGGCGAAAAUGUCCAAGGGAAAGGAAUUAGCAGAAAGAUUAUUGGCCAGCUUUACAAGACUUACUCUUCUGAUCUUGAUGGUAAAAGGCUGGCCUUUGAUGGAGAGAAGACUUUGUGUACAGUUGGUCCUCUGCCACGAAACGACUUUGACUUUCAAGUCAUCUUGGAAGGUUCUUUUUCGAAACGUGACUGUGGCCUCUCUGGUGGUGGUACUCCUUCUGGUUCUUCCAAGAGAUCAAAGCUCUCUUUCCUGCCGAGAAGUUACAGGGUUCAAAUUCACUUCUCUGCAAAAGUACCCUUAAAGAGUGUUCUUGUCACUCAGAGAGGAGUUGAUACAUCAGAUAACGACAGUCAGGAUGCAGUUAGAGUGCUUGACAUUGUACUGAGGCAGCAAGCAGCUGAAAGGGGAUGCCUGUUAGUCAGACAGGCAUUUUUCCACAACGAUAUGAACUCUGUUGAUGUUGGGGGAGGCGUAAUAGGUAUCCGAGGUUUCCGCUCCAGCUUUCGUCCAAUCCACGAAGGACUCUCGCUUAACAUUGAUGUGUCAACAACUAUGGUCUUAAAACCGGGUCCAGUUAUCGAGUUUCUGAAAGCCAAUCAGAAUGUCGAGUUACCUAGACAGAUCGACUGGAUUAAGGCCAGCAAAAUGCUUAAACAUCUGAGGGUAAAGGCAUCACAUCGUAACAUGGAAUUCAAAAUUAUAGGUCUAAGUGCGAAACCGUGCAAUCAGCAACUGUUUUCAAUGAAAAUUAAAGAUGGCGAGUGUGAAGGACAGACUAAAGAGAUUACCGUGUAUGAGUAUUUCAAGCAAACUUACACAGAGCCUACUUAUUCUGCGUACUUGCCAUGCCUUGAUGUCGGCAAGCCAGAUCGCCCCAACUAUCUUCCGCUGGAGUUUUGUAGUCUUGUAUCUCUGCAACGUUACACAAAGCCAUUGUCAGUGAGGCAAAGAGCUUUACUUGUUGAAAAAUCAAGACAAAAACCCCUAGAGAGAAUUAAAGCACUCAACGAUGCAAUGGACACCUACUGCUAUGAUAAAGAUCCGUUUUUGGCCGGAAGCGGCAUAUCUAUUGAAAAGCAAAUGAGUCUAGCUGAAGGCCGGGUUCUAAAUCCCCCAAUGCUGAAGUUCGGAAAGAAUGAGGAUUUUUUACCUAGCAACGGACGCUGGAACUUUAACAAGAAGCACGCGACUCCGAGGUACUCCUUUAUUACUUGGGUUGCUAUGAGAGGAAGUUUGGGAAGCGCUUAUGAAGGGGUGAUGGUGGAUCAGUAUAUGGGAGAUUGGGAGACACUUAUCAGGCUAAUUGUUGAUGAUACUGGAUGGAGUAAAGUGAAGGUGUUUGUCAUGAGAUAUAUGUUUCAGGCAACGAUUUAUAUGAUAUGGAGAGAAAGGAAUAGAAGAAGACAUGGAGAGAAAGCAGUCCCAACAAUGAGUAUGGUGAGUCAAUUGGAUAAGAACAUGCGAAAUCAACUAACUGUGAUCAGAAGUAGAGGAGACGAGAAGUUUGAAGGGGGGAUGGCUUAUUGGUUUGAAGCAAGAUAA